AUGCGCCUUGCGCCGUUUCUUGCGGCGCUGUUGGUCGGGACCCAUGCGUUUCCGCAGAAGCGCAGUUAUGACACACACCACUAUUAUGUUGCAGAGCUCGUGCCGGACUCUGGGGCUUGCGCGCGCGUCGAGCCGCGCGAUGUAGCCGCUGCAUUGGGCGCCGAACUUGUGGAGCGUGUAGGAUCGCUGCCCCAUGAUUGGCUUUUGCGCAAUGCGAAGCAGGACCAUCUUGCUCGGAGGUCUGUGUAUGGAGAAGACCCAGUAGAGAAAGACUAUGUGCUGCAGCGCUGGAAAGCGCUGCAGCAUCCCAACAUGAAGCGCAGCUGCGUUGGGCCUUCCUGUGUGUCCGAGACGUGUAUCGCCGCGCGCCUCCGCAGUGUCGAGCGUCAGGUAUUGAGUCAGCGGCACAAGCGGACAAUGCCCUUAUACCCUGCGCCGCGGGCGCCAAUUCCUGUCGAGGGCCGUGCAAACCGGUCCGCUGCGUAUACAGAGCGCUACCAUAUUAGCGAUCCCCUGUUUUUCAAGCAGUGGCACAUUGUCAACGACCAGAAAGAAGGGAACGAUGUGCAUCUGAACAAUACGUGGGAUUAUUUUACGGGGAAAGGCGUCGCUGUCGCAUUCAUCGACGACGGCCUGGACUACCACCACCCCGACCUAAAAGCCAACUUUUUUGCAAAAGGAUCAUAUGAUUUUAACGAUCAUACGCCGCUGCCCGAGCCGCGCCUGGAAGACGACGUGCAUGGAACGCGGUGUGCCGGUGAGGUAGCCGCCGCGCGAAACGAAGUGUGCGGCGUCGGCGUGGCGCCGAACGCGAAAAUCGCAGGGAUCCGCAUUCUGAGUGCUCCGAUCAGCGAUGCGGACGAGGCCAUGGCGUUGAAUUAUGCGUACCAGGACAACGAUAUCUAUAGCUGCAGCUGGGGUCCUCCGGACAACGGAAAAAGUAUGGACGAGCCGAAAGGCCUCGUCGCAAAAGCGCUUCUCAACGGAAUUUACAAUGGCCGUGGCGGCAAAGGCAAUCUCUUUAUAUUUGCCGGUGGAAAUGGCGGCGCAUCCGACGAUCAGUGCAACUUCGACGGGUAUACAAACUCGAUCUUCACCAUCACGAUCGCAGCGGUCGAUAGCAAAGGUGAGCAUCCCUACUAUUCCGAGAUGUGCAGCGCCAUCAUUGCAUCCAGCUGGAGCUCCGGUGCGGGACACAUGAUUGAAACCACCGACGCAUCCCUAGGCACAAAAAGGCUGUGCACAGAGAGCCACGGUGGGACAAGCGCCGCAGCGCCGCUUGUUGCUGGGAUGCUCGCACUUGCGCUGGAAGCCAGGCCAGAGCUCACAUGGCGCGAUGCCCAGCACCUGCUCAUUCAGUCCUCUGAUCCAAUCAAUACAAACGAUCCUGACUGGUCAAAGAACGGCGCUGGGCUCAUGUACUCGCACAAAUAUGGCUUUGGCGUAGUCCGAGCGGCGCGCCUCGUCGAGAAUGCGCAAAAGAUGCAGCUUGUAAAGCCGCAGGCGUGGUUCGAGUCUGCAAAAAUGCACAUUGCAUCGCCGAUCCUCAACCUCAACGCCAACGUCACUGCGUCGCUCGACGUCACGCAGAAAAUGCUGAACGACGCAAACGUCGCGAAGCUUGAGCAUGUUACGGUAAAGGUAUGGAUCGGGCAUGAGCGGCGUGGGAGUAUGAAAAUAACCAUCACAAGCCCACAGAACACGACAAGUGUUUUGGCGUCCCCCCGCAGGCUUGACGAGAACGAGUUUGGACUGACAGGCUGGACAUUCAUGACACUCAAGCACUGGGCUGAGCCGCCUGUUGGGACCUGGACGGUCAGCGUGCAGGACCACUCAAACGAGAGAUUGGCUGCAGAGCUGGGAUCGCGCGGGACAGGAAACUUUACCGAUUGGACUCUCAUGCUCUGGGGCGAAGCGCACGAUGUGAGCAAGGCGCGCCCUUGGAAUUUCCCAGCAGAUAGCCCAGAGUAUGGCAUGACCUUGCCCGGCGCGCCAACACAGACCAUGCUGGGCAGCUAUGCCUCGGACACGUUCCAGCUUAAGAAGCCUACCAAUGCACUUCCAGACGACCACCACAAGAAACCGGGCGAGACGAGUGGAGCCUUUGGCGAGCAGCCAGCGGCAGAUACAGGAUACUUGGGCGGCCUAGAUAACCAAUCCGUGUGGCUCAGUGUCGCUGCAGGCCUCGGCCUUUUGGUCGGCUGCACACUGCUCCUCGUUUUCUUGUACCGCCGCGUGCACGCGAGACGGCGCAACUAUGCCUACUUGCCCGGUAACGAGGAAGAUUUUGCAUUGGACGGGAUGGAGCAGGAUGCGCCGCUUCAAGCGCGCGAUCUGUACGAUGCGUUCGCGCUGGAGGAGAGCGAUGGCGAGAGCGAUGGCGAUGGCGAUGCGAGCGAUCGUGCGUCCAUGGAGAAAAAUAACACCUCUACAAAUGACUCGCUGCUCGAUGCGCCGCACGAAUCCAGGUAA